UGAUCAAUCAUCAAUCCAUAAUCACAUUUUAUUUUCUUUCCAGGAAAAGAAGAGUCACCUUCCAUGCCUCGAAAGACUGAAAACUGUUGGAGCCCUGACCGUAUAAGAACACAUCAUUCUAGUCGGAUGCAGCAAAGGUAUGACUUGAUUCAAGACGGCCUAAGUGGCCGACUGAGCCUGCAGACUUCACUGACUUUGCGACAGUCGAUAUGGACGAGUGUGGACUACUGCCCUGAGUGCUCCUCGCCGCAGGCUUGGGGCUCGCAGUCUCUUAUUAUUCCACCUAGUGAUGACAUUAUACAAGCCUGCAAUCAGAAAUUGAAUUCAUUGAAAAAACACAAGCAUCAUGAAACGAGAAAGAGUAAAGAGAAAGAAAAAGAUAAGUCUAUCAAGAGAGAUAUUGUCAAGUUGAAGUCUAGUAAAUCUGAGCCUGAAAUCGACGUAUCUCAAAUUCCACCUCAAGAGCCUCUACAAACUUCAAAGAAACGAACAAGAAGAAAAACCACCAGAGUGAAGAAGCAGCAAUCUCAAACUAGUACGAAUGAUAACGCCGUUAAAAAUGACCCUACUUUGUUAAUAGAACCUGUGCGAGUUGAGGAAAAUCGAAAAUUCAAAGAAUCUCCUUGGAAAAAAACUCCAAGACAACCAAUAGCUAGGUCAAGGUUUAGAAAAGGAGGUAUUGUUGCUACAGCUACUGUGAGGACUUUUACUGAUCAAGAGGCUGCUGAAGAUUCAGAUGAUGAAGAAGAUAAAACUAAUUCAAAUGGUGGAAAGAAGAAAAAGAAGAAAAGAAAAUUUCUGAACUUGCAUAAGAAAGUGAGAAAAGUUAUAAGUGCAACUGUGACUGCAGUUACUGCAUCAACGUCCAAUGAUACUGGCAAGCUUGCCAAAAAUCGGUAGUUUUCAAAGAACUGUCCUAAUUUUGUACAAGUGAUCAAUCUUUGAAGGCAAUGACAAUUGGAAAAAAAAUAAAACAGAACGAUUAUGAAAAUUGCAUUUAUUUGGAUAUGUUACGGUAUGGAUUUAGCUAUAAGAUUCUGAAAACUAGGUAUCUAGUUCCAUCUUACAUGGUUCUAGUACCAUAGCUAAAAAGAUAUGUAACAGUUUUACUCUACUUAUCAAGUUAGUACUUCUGUUCUUGAAUAUCUUGAGCUUAACUAAUAAAUGAAAACUUGUUCAUU